ACCGCGCCACGCUUCCGCAUCGAUUUCCAUUUCCAUAUAACACAAUACACAUCAGUUUGUGGCGCUGUGUACGUGUGAGUCUAUCUGACACCCACGCACGCUUCAAUCACACACCGUCAAAUCUCUCACCCACCCUUCUCUUUCUUUUCCACGUAUGUUUCUACGUUCUUCCGUUUUAAAGCAAUAAACAGAACACACACCGAAGCGGUUGCAAUCGCCUUCGUCCGGUUAAUCAACUCACACAAACCAAACUCUGCAAUACUGCACCAACCUCUCUUCCCCUUCCCUCGCCAACAUUCUAGAGGAAUCCCGAAGCCGCGUCUCGAUCGGGAAUAGUGCGCUAGGGUUUUCUUCGCUGCCUCCGAUUCUGAUUCCGAUUCCGAUUCCGAUCGGAAAUGUCUGAAACUCAUUCACCGCCCCGAACCUCCGCCUAUCUCGACGCGCUCUCUCAAGCGAUCCACAAGAAGCUCCAGCGGGCGCUGGCUAAUUCCUCGCAGAGGCGCAAUUUGUUGCAAGAGCUGUUCGCGGACAUUGCUUUAGAAGUCGAUGACCGAGCCAAAGGUGUAAUUGUCAACAAGGAAGAAGAUGUCAUUUCUCCCGCCGAGGAUAUUAAUGAUGGUCCGUUAUGCUUCUACGACGUGCUUGCGGAUUAUUUUGUGCGAGUAUCUGAGAGUGGAAAACCUGUCGUUGACUUGAUUGUUCAACUUUGGAGCCAAUCGUUUGCUUCACAUAUCUUUGCCCUCCUGUUUCAUAAAUGGCUAUUUGAAGUUCAUCUUGAUAAUCCAGAAGUGCUCCUCCGGUAUUCAUCUGCUCUGGUUCAAGGUGCCACAAAUGUUUUCUGGAUUGACAUUCAAACAAAUACAAGACGAUUCCAGUCUUUAUUCCGUUACCUUUUGGAAGAUGUUGCAUUAGACCACACUCGAUUGAAUAAAAUUCCUUUCCAGGCUCAGCGGGAUACGUAUCUCUUGCUCUCAAGAUUCAUUAUAUUUUACAACAAAGCUGACAAAAUAGAUAGCUUCUUGAAACAAUGUCCUGCUUUCCCAACUGCCUUCUUAAUCGGUGGUCCAGCAGAUAUAUUUGUUACUGAACUCACUGAUCAGCUUCAAAAGCUAAAGGUGGAACCAGUGCUGCUUCAUUACCUAUCUGAAAUGAAGAUCCUUCAGGGUAUGGAAUUGCGAAUGACUACUAGUACGAGAUUAAAAACUUGUUUGUAUAGCUUUACUUCUCCUGGUGGCCCACUGUAUCCUACUCGAGCCGUUCGUCAUGCAGCUUGGGAAGCAUUAGAUUUACUUUUCCCGGUGGGACGUUACCCUCGGCAUCUUAUUAGUUUGUUCUUCAGGUUGCUUUAUCCGUGGUAUUGGCCUUCCUCUUGUUGGAACUUUGUGAUUUCUUGCUUUCAGACAAUAUUUUACUCCUUGAUGAGGUUCAUUUUUUCUACGUGGGAUAAGAUCACCAAGCCAAAAUCACAUUAGAUUCUCAUGCCUGUACAGAACUCCGUGAUACCUUCCCAUCGAUCUCGCGCCUCGACCUUUUUUUCGUGUCGUUAGUGAAAAUUUGUGUACAAACAAACUAGCUAAUGCUUUGUAUAUUUGUUGACUGUGGCAACAGUUAAGCUUAGAAUUCCAAGUACAGGUAAGCUGAGAAUUCUUGGGGAAUAAAAAGAUGAUUAGAAAAUGAUGGAAUCAUUAUGUAAUUAAUUAAAGGAAGAAAAACUAACAAGUCAUAUUGUUGCAAUA